ACCCACCAUUAGAGUUAGAGUGCUGACCAAACUAUAAGACUAACAAUCAUAGAAACAUAACAAAAAACAAAGUGACGCAACCAAUCAAACAAGAGGCAAAGAAAAACCAACCACCACCACCACCACCAGUGUUCGCCGGAGAAGAGCAAAAGUGGCUUGAGAAAGUAAUGGCCCUGACGGAGUUAAUUAGCAACGAGCUCACCGGCGAGCUCCUCCGGAAUCUCGUAACCAUCUCUCGCAAAUCCAUUCUCUGCCGUGGAAGUGCAGAUCAGCUCAUAACUUACAUAACUGAACUCCUUCCAACCAUACAAGAGAUCAAAUACUCCGGCGUUGAACUCCCUCAGCCACGUCAGCAACAGCUUCACCGCCUCUCCGAGAUCCUCCACUCUGGUGUCGAACUCGCUCACAAGGUUCUGAAUUCGAGCCGUUGGAAUGUGUACAAGAACUUUCAGCUAGCUAAAAAGAUGGAGAAGCUUGAGAACACGGUAUCAAAGUUCAUAGAGGGUCCGAUGCAGACUCACAUACUUGCUGAUGUGCACCACACGCGGUUCGAGAUGGCGGAGCGGUUCGACCGGAUCGAGGCGUCGAACCGGAGGCUGGAGCAGUACUUUGUGACCAUGAAGAUGGGGGGGAUGGGAGGUGGAGGGUGGGUCGAGGAGGCUGUGAGGAGCAUGGAGAUUGCUGAGGGUAGUUUAGGGAAUUCACGUGUGGGUUUGGAGCUUGGGAAGAAGAAAGUCAAGGAGAUGCUUGUUGGGAGGAAUGAUCUUUGGGUGAUUGGGAUUUCUGGUAUUGGUGGCUCAGGGAAGACCACUCUUGCUAGAGAUGUUUGCAGAGAUGAACAAGUUCAAUUUUCUUUCAAGGAGAGAAUCUUGUUUUUGACUGUGUCACAGUCCCCAAAUGUUGAGCAGCUAAGAGCAAGGAUCUGGGGGUUCAUUAUGGGGAAUCAAAACUUGAAUCCAAAUUAUGUGAUUCCCCAAUGGAUGCCGCAAUUCGAUUGCAAAACCGAAACUCGAAACCUUAUUGUUCUUGAUGAUGUCUGGUCACUCUCUGUGCUGCAACAGCUUGUAUGCAGAAUACCUGGCUGCAAGUUCCUUGUUGUCUCCAGAGAGAAAUUCCAAAUUUGUAAUGCCACUUAUGAGGUGGAACUGUUGAGUGAAGAGGAUGCACUAUCUUUGUUCUGUCAUCAUGCUUUUGGACAGAAAUCAAUCCCUGUAGCUGCUAAUGAGAAUCUAGUAAUGCAGGUUGUGACAGAGUGUGGAAGGCUUCCACUAGCUCUUAAAGUGAUUGGAGCUUCCUUGAGAGAUCAGAAUGAAAUGUUUUGGGAAGGUGUCAAAACAAGGCUAUCUCAGGGCCAAAGCAUUGGGGAAUCUUACCAAAACAAUCUGAUUGAGAGAAUGGCAAUCAGUGUAAACUUCCUGCCAGAGAAGAUCAAGAAAUGCUUCUUGGACCUUUGUUCAUUUCCUGAGGACAAGAAAAUCCCUCUGGACAUCCUCAUCAAUAUGUGGGUCGAAAUGCAUGAUAUCUGCCAAACCGAAGCCUUUACUAUGGUCGUUGAGCUUUCAAACAAGAAUCUUCUCACCUUGGUGAAAGAGGCGCGUGCUGGAGACAUGUAUAGCAGUUGCUUUGAGAUAUCUGUUACUCAACAUGAUAUACUCAGAGACCUUGCGCUCAAUAUGAGCAACUGUGACAGCAUUUGUGAACGCCGGCGAUUGGUUAUGCCAAAGCGAGAAGCAAGUGGUCUCCCUAAAGAGUGGUUGAGAUACAAGGAUAAACCAUUUGAGGCUCAGAUUGUCUCAAUUCACACGGGUGAAAUGAAAGAAAAGGAUUGGUGCAACCUUGAGUUUCCCAAGGCUGAAGUUCUGAUUAUUAAUUUUUCAUCCAGUGAAUACUUCCUGCCUCCCUUCAUUCAAUCAAUGCCAAAUCUGAAGACAUUGAUUAUAAUAAACUAUAGUGCUUCUUAUGCAUGCCUUCACAAUAUGUCAAUUUUUGAGAAGUUGACAAACUUGAAGAGUCUCUGGCUUGAAAAGGUUUCCACUCCAGAGUUAUCAGGCAUUGUGAUGAAAAAUCUAAGCAAAUUAUGUCUAGUCCUUUGCAAGAUCAAUAACAGUUUGGAGGGGAAAGAACUCAAAGAAGCAGACCUAUCUAGAAUCUUCCCAAACCUCACCGAACUCACUCUUGAUCACUGUGAUGAUGUAACUGAUCUUCCCUCAAGCAUCUGUGAAAUACAUUCCCUGCAGAACUUGAGUCUAACAAAUUGUCACAAUCUGACGAAACUACCUGCCGAAUUGGGGCAACUGCGAUCGCUUGAGAUCCUCCGGCUAUAUGCAUGUCCGGAUUUGAAGUCCCUUCCUCUGAGCAUAUGUAAUAUGAUUAAGUUGAAGUACAUAGACAUUUCUCAAUGUGUUAACCUGGCAUGCUUCCCUAAUGAGAUUGGUAAGUUGGUCAAUUUGGAGAAGAUUGACAUGAGGGAAUGCUCCAUGAUUAGGAGCAUACCAAAGUCUGCAUUGUCAUUGAAGAAUCUAAGGCUUGUGAUUUGUGAUGAGGAGGUACAAGAUAUGUGGAUAGAUGUUCAAAAGGCCAAGCCAAAAGAAUUUCAUAUUCAAGUAUCUGAACAGCAAUAUGAUCUGGAUUGGCUAAAAGAUUGACCCUCAAUCUUUGAUUGUUUUGAUGUUCACAUUCCUAAUCCUUGACUCCUUGUAAGUAGCUGUUCAUAACUAGUUUAAAGUAGAAAAUUUCUUUUGCCUAGAAGCAAAUUUUGUUAGGGUAUGCUUGAUGGGUAAAUUCUGUUUGGUUUGAUUUCUUACUGGUGUCUGAACCGUGUUAUAAGCCGGUGCGGCCGUGCGAGGGUCAUGGCCGUCCUCCCAAAACGGUUAUUACCUUCGCCGGAGAUCGAACUCGAGACCACAAGGAAGGAUCUAAGGGGGCUCAGCAUGGCUAGACCAAAAUACAUCAAACUCAUUCAAGAAAGUUUCUAUCAUACCUUUAUUCAACCUUAGUGCAGGUUAUGACAUAAUCUGUUAGCUAGUCUUCUGAGUUAGCUUAAUCUGUAAUUUUUAAUUGUCAAUUUAAUAAGAUAUUUUUUUUCAAAA